CAAAUCUAAUACAUCAUCGAUAACAGCUACUAAUUCUAACGUACGGCGACCUGAGAGAGAAGGUAAUCAAUGGCGAUUGGGAUGACGAGCCUGGUGAGGAAGCUGCUGGUUUGCGGCUGCGGCGGCGGCGGCGCGGUGAGGAAUUUCCCGGAGGCGGAGACGGCCGCCGGGCUGCUUCCGGAGGGGCACAUCUGGGUCGUGGUGGGGACGGAGGGGGCGGCGGCGCGGCGGAUGGAGGUGGAGGCGAACUACCUGAACCACCGGCUGAUGGAGGACCUGCUCCGGCUGUCGGUGCCGGAGUUUGGGUACUCCUACGGCGGCGCGCUGCGCGUCGCCUGCGACGCCGACUUCUUCCUCUACCUCCUCGACCUGCUGCGGAGCAGCGACCCCGCCGUGCACUACAUGGACCUGAGCGACCUCAUGGCCACCUUCGCCGGCGCCGGCAGCAGAACAGAGUUCUUUCCAACUCAUCGGCCGCUGCAGCGCACUAUUAGCUAAUUCAAUUUAUCUAUUUUUUUUUGUUUAGUUAAUUACAUAAUAUUAAAUAUUUUCAAGUAAUUACUUGCAUUAAUUUCCCUUUAAGAUGGGAAAUUGAGCAUUAAUUAUUUUUUGCCCAUGAAUUAAUUAAGUUUGGGCACUAUAUAUAUACAACCAAUUUAAUGAAA